AUGUCGAACUCUUCUAACGAUCAUCCAUCUAUUCGUGUGCAUGCACCACCAGGUGGUCGAAGUAAUAAUAUCUUCGGUACGAAUCCUGAAGAAGCGCAGCCAUCGGCUGGAACUCUUGCUGGUCAAUAUAAACAGUCACAAAUGAAAUCGAAUAUUUUCGGAACAGAUGAACCAGCACAAACACGUGCUGUUUCGAAUAAAAAUAAAUCCAAUGUAUUUGCUACCACCAACGAUGAUGAACAUACUAAACAUCAACAAGGUGUUCGUCAAGGAUUACGAGAUCCAAAUGCAUCACGCAGUGGAUACAAUCCUAUAAAUGGUGAAUCAUAUUCGACGAAAGAUAAUGUAAACUCAAAAAAUAGUGCAAAUGAUAAACAAACAGAUGUACCAACAAAAACAACUGAAGAGAAUAAUAAUGGUCAAGCGAAUUCAGCCGAGAAUAGAAAUAUUCAAAAACCAGCUGAUAAUACUGCUGAUGCAAAUAAUGCUCAAAAGAAUUUACAUACGAGCGUUCGUGUAUUUCAUCCGCCGGGUGGUAAAUCGAGUGGUCCACUUUGGUAG